CUUCCUGUGACGUCACGCAGUCCGGUGUUGAUGCUCAUGGCGGCGGAGGAGAGAUGGUAUUUUACCAAGGAAGAAAUCAACAACUCGCCCUCCAGAAGAUGCGGGAUCGACGCGGAAAAAGAGCUAUCGUACCGACAGCAAGGCGCCAAUCUGAUCCAGGACAUGGGCCAGCGGCUGCAAGUUAACCAACUGGCUAUCAACACAGCCAUUGUUUACAUGCACCGCUUCUACAUGUAUCAUCCGUUCACCCGUUUUCACCGCAACUCCAUCGCACCGGCUGCCCUCUUCCUCGCUGCCAAAGUCGAGGAACAACCCAGAAAACUGGAACAUGUCAUCAAAGUGGCUUAUCACUGCCUGUUCCGUGACCAUCCGCCUCUGGACACACAGUCAGAGGCAUAUUUGGAAAGAGCACAGGAGCUGGUCGUGAAUGAGAACAUUUUGCUACAGACCCUGGGCUUUGAUGUUGCCAUAGACCAUCCACACACACACGUGGUCAAGUGCUGCCAACUCGUCCGCGCCACCAAAGAUUUGGCCCAAACCUCGUAUUUCAUGGCUACCAGCAGUCUUCACAUGACCACGAUGUGUCUACAGUACAAACCCACAGUGGUGGCAUGUGUAUGUAUAUACAUAGUGUGCACUUGGAGCCAUUAUGAGAUCCAGCGGGCGACAGAAGGCAAGGACUGGUUCUGGUAUGUGGACAAGUCAGUGACGCUAGAGCUCCUGGAGACGCUGACAGCUGAGUUCCUGGCCAUUCUGGACAAGUGCCCCAACCGGCUGAAGAAGAUCAUGAACUCCUCCCAGCACACAGACGACCGGAGCAAGAGCAGUCAGGGCGGUUCAUCAUCCUCAUCACUCUCGUCUUCAAGGGCUGUAACGGGAGGUUCAUCAUCAUCUGUCCCAUCAUCCAGGAGUCAUGAUCAUAACUCUCAUAAUAAAUCAGGCGUCAAAGUGCCACAGUCUCAGCCUCACCAGCACCCCCAGCCCCCAAAGCUGAACCUUAAGGAAUAUAAUGAGAAGCGUGAGAAGGAGCGGCGCGAGCGAGAGAAGAUGCGCGACCGGGAUGUGGUGGACCCGCGCGAGGGCCGGCAGUUCACGCUGGUGUCAACUUCACACUCCUCGCAGUCAGCACCCCCCUCCACUGUUGCCACUAUCGCCUCGUCGCACUCGCUGCACUCAGUCCUGCCUAGCUCCCGGGGCAAGAGCAGCAAGGGCAGCAGCGGGCGUAGCAGCCACCCUGAGCAUGCCAAGGCCUCGGCUGCGCAUAGCACCAACCACAAGACACAUGGCCAUGGCACCACCAACCAGGGAUCCCGGGGAGAUGCCCAACCCCCCCUGGAGGCGUUGCGGGUGGGCACAGCUGAUGCUCGGCAGGACCAGCGGAGAGAAAUUAGUGCACGUAGUGAUAGUGAUCGCUUUGACAAAAGCAACAGGACUAGUAGCAGUGUCGUGGACGGCAGAUUGCCGGGACACGAGACAAAACCUAGUGUAUCGGACAUUAGACAGCAUCAUGUAGUAGAUAUUAAGCACUCUAGACAGUCUUUAGAUGCCGCAGUGUUAGAAAGAAAAAGUGAAAUAAAACAUGAACAAAGAAUGGCAGAACGUAAACCUCCUGAGCCAAAGUUAGAGCAAGUGAAAGUAAAGACAGAUAUAAAAACAGAGAUAAAGACAGAAAUAAAAGAAGAGAAAACGUCAGACACUAAAUCCGAAGCAAAGGAGUACAACACAAUUUUCCAUAAUAGUGACAUGUCUGAUUUUACUCUGAACGACUUUUUGAGUGAUAAUAAUUUCCUGAACUUAAAUGACGGGCCCCCAGAUGAGCUGUUUGACAAUUCCGAUAGUGAGACAAAGCCUGAUGUUUCAACCAUACUGGAAGAUAAGAACUUGUUACCACAGCCAGCUCACCAGAAGAGCAAGUCCCCUGGUGCAAGUCAGCAACAGCAGCAGCAGCAGCAGGUGCAGCAGACUCAGCACCAACAACAUCAUACCAGCAGCAGCAACACUGCUGGGGUUGUGAGUAAUGCCAGUAGCAAUGGCGAACAGCGGGUCAGUGACAGUGCCACAGCAGCACCCAACUACCACAAUCCUCGAUACCACAGUGCCACCAACGGGUCAGUACCUCCGCCACAGCCGACUCAGACGACUCCCCAGCACUCUUCUAAGAGCUCCUCUGGCAGUAAGAGGUCGAGGGAGAGCGAGAGACGGAACAGUGAGCGGGGCGAGGCAGAGCUGGUGCCGAUGGUCACGAAGCUGGAGGAUACCAAGUAUCGCACAGCUCUCAGCGACCCGGCGACUCCCAUUAAAGUGCGUGCCGAAGCGCAGAACUUGGCCAUGGCAAAUGCGACCUCAAAACCCACUGCUGCGACGCACAGUGCUCCUGCACCAGCAGUUCCUGAACCUGUACAGAAGAACCCAAGUGAGCACGUGCUGCGCAUGAAGCUUCCGCGACCUGAUCACCUGAAGGAGUCUCAGCCUGACCCCACCACUGUCCUCAUGGUAGGGGGUGUGGCAGGCACAGAACACAAGAAACACAAGCAUGACCAUCCUCAUCACAAGCACAAGGAGAAGAAGAAGCAUAAGCAUAAGGACAAGGAUAAGCACAAGGAUAGAGAACAUAAGGAACACAAAGAACACAAGAAGGAGAAAAAGCACAAAAAGCAUAAGGACAAGGACAAAGAGCGGGACAGGAGCCGACCUGGAGAGGAUGCUGGCAGCGCUCCCAUCAAGAUCACCAUAGCAAAGGACAAGGUCUUGUACACACCAGAGCCAGGCUCAGUGCCCUUGAGGACCCACUCCACCACAGCAACGCCCGUGGCUCCACCCAUAAACACCACCAGUGCUAACACAACUCCCAGCAUCCCUAAGUUCAAGAUCCAAAAGUCUCGCCUCAAGCAAAAGGACCUGUUUGGAGGCACAUCGUCGACUUCCCCCGAGAGCAGUCCUGCUGGUGACCUGGCCCGAGACACUCCUACUACCUCUCUAAAGAUCAAGAUCAGUCGGGACCGCCUGCGUCCUGAAAAGGAAUCGAAGAAAAGAGACCGGGACCGAAGCCCCGGGGACAUCCAGGCGGCCAAGGUCCCACGCAACGGCAGUGAGGCUCGGUCCACCCACGCAUCCCCUCAGGUACCCAUAAAGGACUUGGAUCCCAGUAGGUGGAGCUCUCAGAGGCAGUAGUACUGGCAAACAGUUGUAGGCAACUGACCUGACAUGACCUAGCCUCCCUGACCCAACAUGAGCUGGUGUUGUGUUUAAAAAAAGAACAAAAAAAAGAAUAAAUAAAAAGUAAGAAAAUACACUGAAGGACCUUGGCCACAAGGCACAGACAUUUAGCUGACAGGCAGUUGUUUUGCACUGUCCAUAAAUUAUUUUGUUAUUGAUUAUCAGUGAUUGUUUAUAUACAUAUAUUUUUAUGAUGAUCAAUAUGAUUAUUUCUUACCAUCCUCCUUGUUAUUAUCAUUGUUAUUAUUAUUGUAAGGGCUUUAUAGGUUAUUAGAAGUAUACAUGAACUUUUACUUACUAUUGCAAGAUCUACCUUAAAUGAGUAUGCCAAUUAACAUCUGUUCAAAAGCGAGCCAGUUGGUGAGAGGCGAGCGCGAGAGAGUGAGUGGUGUAGCCCAGCUCGUCAGGGGUCAGGUGCAAACGGGGCUGUGCUGGUGGUGGGUGCUGGUGGUUUGGGCACGGCUCACAACACACUUACAUAGGUGUAGUGUAUUUCUGCUGUCUGCUUAGUCGGGUUUGGUCUCUAUCGCCAGCUCGCACACAGGGAAGUCCUUUGUAACUUUCAUGUCUGCACAGUCUCUCACUUUUGUUUCUACUUCUGCUGUUGCUCCUCUCUGUCUCUCCUCCUCUCUCCUUGCUGUUUCCUCGUUUUUUUCCCCCUACUCGUCUCUCCUAUAUCUUCCUUCCCCACACUCUCACUCACUCUUCUUCUUCUUCUUCUUCUUCUUCUUCUUCUUCUUCUUCUUUCGCUCAGCACAUUUACGGGUCAAUUGGCAGGCUGUUGUGAGUUUUUCUCUUUAUUUAAAGCUUAGCAUUCCAUGACUAGUCAGGUCACAGUGUUAACAAACCCCCAGAUUAAGGCUCCCCUCCCCCUUCCCGCCCCUUCCCCUUCCGUGAUCCUUGGUCUAAUCCAUCUUUAACCAUUUAAUUUACUUACCAGUUAUUUUCAUUAUUAUGCUUUCAUUAUUUUAUCUUCUUUCUCUUCCUCACUGCUUACCAGUUCUAUUUUUAUUAUUAUUAUUGUUAUUAUUUACAUGUUUUUUUUUUUUUUUUUUUUUUUUUUCUUAUUCUGCUCCCCACUCCCCUCUCCUCCACCGUCCGUCCCUCCAUUCCCCCUCCCCUACCUCCCCACUCACUCUCCACCCAGCCACCACAACCAGCUUGAGUAACAUGGGGAUUUAAAUACGAAAAAAAUAAAAUAAAGAAAGAAAAACAAAAAGCAAAACAUGCAUGGCCAUGCCGGGUCAGUGUGGCAGUGUGUCAGUGUCUCGGUGCGCCUUGGCUAGCUAGUACAAGGAAGAGCCCCUGAGGAGAGCCUUGGGCCGCUGCAGACGUCGCUGUCGCCGCCGCCGCCGCCGCCGUCCGCCAUCCGCUGCCGUCGUCGCUGUCGCUGUCGUCGUCGUGCUCUGCGGCUGCCCAUUCCAACCCCCCCCCAACCCCGCAUCCCUCCUUCCCCCUCCAACCCUCUGCGUGUGGUGGGAGGACUACCUAGGCACUACACAGGUCAUCUGGUCAUCGGCUGUGAUGCGUCACCGCCACGGCCCCCUCCCCCUGCCCUCUAGCCCCCAUCUCGCCGCCGCUGGGCUGUGGUUGUGACAACUUUCACCUCAAACAAUUAUUAUCACCCUCACAUAGAUAUGUCUACCCCUCCCUUUUUCCUCCCGCCCCACCCCGACCUACACACUACACACACGUACAUUCAUACAGACACUUCCAACACACAAACCACAACAUGGCUUUGGAACCAGGAAAGUCAUCUAUCCUUAGAUAUGUUUAAUAUUCGAGCUGCUCGUUCAUUUUUAUCUUUUUUUAUCAUCUUUUUUUAUUUGGACAUUUUUUGUAUGGUACUUACUACUUAUGCAUCAUAAGCAUACUACGCAGAGCUUGUAUCAUCAGCAUGUGUGUGUUAUGUUGUGACGGCUUUUAAAGAAAAGUCAGUUCUUCUCUGUGAGAAGUUUGUUGAAACUCCAUGGGACUUGUAAGUGAUGGAGUUUUCCCGCGGCAGCCGCACGCCCUCCCCCCUCCUCUCCCCCUCCCCCCAGCGACUGCGGGAGCCGACUUUGGUUCACACGCCUCAGGUACACUCAUGGUUACACCAGCAGUCAAUAUUACCCUGCAUAACAUGAAAUAACCAUUUCUGUUUAUAUAUUUAUUAUUUACUAUUAAUGUUAUUCUUGUGUUGUUAGUUUGACUGUGGACCGGAAAAAAACUAUUGAUGCAUCAGUCGAAAAAAAACUGUUCAAGUUUUGCUCAAUGCUUUUUGUGAUGAAACAUUGACAAACAUCAUGCAUUAGUUUUUGUAUAGCAGUUGUUGUACAAAAUGAAACAAUGUUUUUGUAAACGGA